GGGAUCAUCAUUUUGAUUCCAAAACCUUCAACCCCGUCUUUUUCAAAACCACCUUCCCUCUAUCUCUCUCUCUCACUUCUUCAAAUUUCAAAAAACCCUAACCACCGUCGCUGCCGUCAGCCAGUCCCGCGAUGACAGCUGUCCCUCCGCCGUCCUCCGGCCAAGAGCUCUCCAACCCGCCCACCGACGGCGUCUCCAACCUCCGCUUCUCCAACCACAGCGAUCACCUGCUCGUCUCCUCUUGGGAUAGGACCGUCCGAUUGUACGACGCCACCGCCAAUGUGCUCCGCGGCGAGUUCAGUCACGGCAGUCCCGUCCUCGAUUGCUGCUUCCACGACGACUCCUCCGGCUUCAGCGCCAGCGCCGACAACACCGUCCGCCGAUUCGUCUUCAACUCGAACAAGGAAGAUAUAAUAGGAAAGCACGAUGCGCCGGUUCGCUGCGUUGAGUACUCGUAUGCCGCAGGGCAACUGAUCACCGGUAGUUGGGAUAAGACACUCAAGUGUUGGGAUCCUAGAGGUGCAAAUGGACAAGAGCGUACUCUUAUUGGGACUUAUCAACAACCGGAGCGUGUUUAUUCGCUUUCUCUGGUCGGAAAUCGUUUAGUGGUUGCAACUGCUGGAAGACAUGUGAAUGUCUACGAUUUGAGAAACAUGUCACAACCUGAGCAACGAAGGGAAUCUUCAUUGAAGUAUCAAACUCGAUGCGUGCGCUGCUAUCCUAAUGGAACAGGUUAUGCUCUUAGUUCUGUUGAAGGACGGGUUGCAAUGGAAUUCUUUGAUCUCUCAGAGGCCAGUCAAACCAAAAAAUAUGCAUUCAAGUGUCAUAGAAAAUCGGAGGCCGGAAGAGACAUUGUAUAUCCAGUAAAUGCAAUUGCAUUUCACCCCAUAUAUGGUACGUUUGCUACCGGAGGUUGUGAUGGUUAUGUGAAUGUAUGGGAUGGGAACAACAAAAAGCGGCUAUAUCAGUACUCCAAGUAUCCAACAAGCAUUGCAGCUCUUUCUUUUAGCAGAGACGGCCGCCUGUUGGCUGUGGCUUCGAGUUACACUUUUGAGGAGGGAGAAAAACCUCAUGAGCCAGAUGCAAUCUUUGUUCGCAAUGUCAAUGAGAUAGAGGUCAAGCCAAAGCCAAAAGUCUACCCUAAUCCGCCGGCAUAAUUGAAGUUGUUGCAGUAAUUGAAGAAGCUGAAAUUGUAGAAUUGUGCGCUUCGUUUUAGUUACUGAUAAUGUAUGAGGUUUGUUUGGCGCUGUAGGGUUCUUAUCAUGUAAUGCUGAAGUGCCGAUGGUAUACUGAGACUUUGCCAUCUGCAUACAAAAACUCCUCACACUGUUAGAACUUAGAAACUAUGAUACCUAUGUAUCGUGAUUUAUAUGUUUUCAUCUACAUAGCAAAUGGCUUGGAAUCUCUUCCAAGCAAUUGUUUCUC